AUGUCGGAUAGGGUUGACUGGUUACAAAGCCAAAAUGGAGUAUGCAAAGUUGACAUCUAUUCCCCCGGAGACAGCCAACCCCAAGACUGGAAAAUGGAAGCCUCACAUGAUCCCAUCAGAGUGCUCAGCUGGCUCCGCAGAGACCUGGAAAAAAGCACAGCAGGAUUCCAAGAUGUUAGGUUCAAGCCCGGAGAAUCAUCGCUCGGCAGGGAAAUGGUCAGCCAAGGAGACCCGCGCAAAGGAUUCUGCAUGGACUAUUACAACACUACCUCCAGGGGCAGUCCAGGGAGGCUGCAUUUUGAGAUGAGUCACAGAGAGAACCCCUACCAGGGCCCCAGCAUGCACACCGGAAACGGGAGCACCAUAGAUGAAGUCUCCUUCUACGCCAACCGCCUCACAAAUCUUGUCAUCGCCAUGGCCCGCAAGGAGAUCAACGAGAGGAUUGAUGGCUCUGAGAACAGGUGUGUCCACGAGUCAGUGUACAUGGGGGAUGAGCCCCCACCCACCAAGAGCCUGAGCAAAGUGGCGUCGGAGCUGGUAAAUGAGACUGUCACCGCGUGCUCCAAAAACAUCCCAUUGGAUAAGGCUCCGGGCUCUGGUGACAGAGCCUCGGGGACAUUACAGAGCCCCCCAAAUUUAAAAUACAAAAGCACUUUGAAGAUCAAGGAGAGCACCAAGGGAGGCAGGGGUCCAGAUGACAGGCCUGGCUGUAAGAAGUCUUUCUUCUACAAGGAAGUGUUUGAAUCUCGUAACUCGGGCGAUGCCAAAGAGGGAGGAAGGACCUUACCGGCGGAGAGAAAGAUGUUCAGAGGGCAUGAAAGGCCCAAUGACUUCACAGCUUCCGUCAGUCAAGGGAUCAUGACCUACGCCAACAGCGUGGUGUCCGACAUGAUGGUAUCCAUCAUGAAGACCCUGAAGAUCCAGGUGAAGGACACGACCAUUGCCACCAUCGUGCUGAAGAGGGUCCUGAUCAAGCACGCCAAAGAAGUGGUCUCCGACCUCAUCGACUCCUUUAUGAAGAACCUCCACAAUGCCACAGGGACCCUCAUGACAGACACGGACUUUGUCUCGGCCGUGAAAAGAAGCUUCUUCUCUCAUGGAAGCCAGAAGGCCACGGACAUCAUGGAUGCCAUGUUGGGGAAACUCUACUCGGUGAUAUUUGCCAAAAAAUCCCCUGAGACAGUCAGGAAAACCAAGGAUAAGUCUGAACAUUACUCCCUCGUCUCUAUGAAAGGGAUGGGUGACCCUAAACACCGAAACGUCAACUUCACCUCCAUGAAAUCGGAAGGUAAAGUGAGGGAGAAAGUAUGCACCCCCACACCUAAACCUGAGAAGUCCUGUAUGGAAACUCUGGGGGAACACAUUAUCAAAGAGGGACUGACCCUGUGGCACAACAGCCAGCAGAAGGAAGGCAUGUCUGCAUGCUUCCAAGGUUUACCCUUCGUAACUCCCAACAGACAGUAUAAACCUGUGCCGGACUUUCCCCUGCACUUCCCUUUUGACCCCUGCAACUUCAGCCUCCCUAUGCAGUGCCCAGAAAAACCUGAGAAUUUUAUGUGCGACUCAGACUCCUGGGCCAAGGACCUGCUUGUAUCUGCUUUACUUCUGAUCCAGUACCACCUGGCCCAGGGAGGUAACAUGGAUGCACAGAGCUUCCUCGAAGCUGCUGGCACCUCCAACCUAUAUCCCACUAAGUCCUCGGUCGUUUCCCAUGAGUCCAGUGUCCGGUCUCCCCAAGUGGGAGCUGACCCAGAAGAAGUGGAAAAGAAGGACCUAAUGAGCAGUUGCUUCAACUUUAUCCGGAACUUGCUCAGUGAGACCAUUUUCAAGAGCGACCAUAGCUGUGAUCCCAAGGCCACCAAGGAAGACAACAGCCCCCAGUGUGAAAGACCCGUAACCCCUUCUCCCACCAAAUCAAAUGAAUGUGAUGAGCCUGGGGGUGCCUUUGCGGGGCUCACCAAGAUGGUGGCUAACCAGCUUGAUGGCCACAUGAAUGGGCAGAUGGUAGACCAUCUGAUGGACUCAGUGAUGAAGUUGUGUCUCAUCAUUGCCAAGUCCUGCGACUCUCCAUUGGCAGAACUGGGAGACGACAAGUCCGGGGACGCCAGCAGGCCAACGUCAGACUUCCCGGAGAGUUUAUACGAGUGUUUGUCCACCGAGGGCACAGGGACAGCGGAGAUGCUCCUGCAGAAUGCCUACCAGGCUAUCCACAAUAAACAGAGGGGUCUAUCCGCACAGCCCCCUGAAGGGUGUGCAGCACCCAAGGUGAUCGUCAACAACCACAACCUGACCGACACAGUGCAGAACAAGCAGCUCCAAGCCGUUCUUCAGUGGGUAGCCGCCUCUGAGCUCAACAUCCCUAUUCUGUACUUGGCCAGUGACGAUGAAGGAAUCCAGGAGAAGCUACCUCAGCUCUCGGCAGUCGCCCUGGAAAAGGGGUGCAGCGUAGGUAAGGUUCUCCAGUCGGUGCUGCAGUACGAGAAGGAGCGACAGCUGGACGAGGCGGUGGGCAACGUCACGCGGCUGCAGCUGCUGGACUGGCUGAUGGUGAACCUGUGA